GCUCUAAAACUUUAUUAUAAUCUGUGCAUUUGUCAAGGAGUAAAAAAUAAAUGUCUUUCUUUGUUUUCGUUUGUUGUCUCAAAUUCAUAUUCAUGUCGAGUCGUUGCUUUGUUAUGAACUGUGAAAUUUUGAUAGAAAAUAAAUAAUUGAGCAGUUUUAACAAUAGUAUCAGUGUUAAUUACAGGAUUAACGAUGUCGGCUACCGAUACACAGAAACCUGAGAGUUCAAAGGAUACCAUAUCAAGCAAUUCGAUCGAUGAAGGCUUGCCGAGAGAACUAAGCCAGUUAAGUCUUUCAAGUGCUUCAAGUCAAGAUGAAUUCUUUUGCGACUCAGGACAUUCGGGUGCAGCUUUGAAAAAUAUAUUCGGCUAUUAUCAGUCUCAAAAGUUGUGUGACGUUACUCUUAUUGCAGGAGGAUGCAGAAUCCCAGCACACAAAAUCCUUCUUGCAUCAUGUAGCGAGUACUUCGCAGCAAUGUUCACUGGCUCCCUGAGGGAAGCUCAGUCAAGUGAGAUCACACUUGAGCGAGUUGACCCGCAAGCACUGCAGGAUCUUGUACACUAUUGUUACACUGGCACCAUAGAACUGAGAGAGGAAACGGUUGAGGUGCUCCUUUCGACAUCAAGCUUGUUGCAGCUUAAUUCUGUUACAAAUGCUUGUUGUGCUUUUCUAAAGAAGCAGCUGGACCCUUGUAACUGUCUGGGAAUAGCUUUAUUUGCUGAACAGCAGUCCUGUUUGGAUUUACACAAAAGUGCUUUGAAAUACACAUACCAAAACUUCAUGCAGGUGGUGAAACAUCAAGAAUUUUUAUCCCUCCAAGCAGACCAGCUAGCUAACUUGCUGAAAUCUGAUGAUCUCAAUGUAGUGACUGAAGAAAAUGUAUUUGAAAGCCUCAUGGCGUGGGUCCAACAUGAUAGUGCCAAUAGAGAAAGCCAUUUGGCCACUUUGUUAAAACUUAUCAAGCUACCCCUUCUAUCAUCAGAGUACUUAAUUGAUAAAGUAGAAUUAGCGUGCGGUAAUGUGCCAGAAUGCCAGCCACUGAUUAUGGAAGCAGUGAAAUGGCAUCUUCUGCCCGAGAGACGGUCACUUCUGUUUUCACACCGCACACGGCCACGGACAUCAACGAUUGGAAGGCUUUUAGCUAUCGGUGGCAUGGAUGGAUAUAAGGGUGCCAGUAAUAUGGAAAUGUACGACCCGCGAACGAACACUUGGACUCCAUUUAUGCGAAUGGGUGCCAGGAGGCUGCAGUUUGGAGUUGCCGUCAUGCAGAACAAACUCAUCGUAGUUGGUGGCAGAGAUGGACUCAAAACAUUGAACACGGUGGAAUGUUUCGACUUGACCUCUCUAAGCUGGAGUGUAUUGGCUCCUAUGAACACACAUCGUCACGGCUUAGGCGUGGCUGUUCUAGGCGACGGACCGAACUCGCCGGUCUACGCAGUUGGCGGUCACGAUGGUUGGAUCUACUUGAAUUCCGUGGAGAGAUGGGAUGCCUGUUCCCGCACCUGGACGAUCGUGUCUCCGAUGACGGGUGCUCGCAGCACGUGCGGCGUGGCGGCGCUGCGCGGGCGCCUGUACGCGGUGGGCGGGCGCGACGGCGGCGCGUGUCUGCGCUCCGUGGAGUGCUACGAUCCCGCCACUAACCACUGGACUAACUGUGCCCCUAUGAUGCGCAGGAGAGGCGGUGUUAGCGUUUGCGCAGCGGGCGGUUACUUAUACGCGUUGGGAGGCCAUGAGGCGCCGGCCAACACUGUCGGCGGCCGACUGGCUUGCGUCGAACGAUACGACCCGGUAGCUGAUUCCUGGAUCCUUCUAGCUCGACUGUCUUAUGGCAGAGAUGCUAUCGGAUCCUGUCUACUUGGUGAUCGGAUUGUUGCUGUCGGUGGAUACGACGGGGUGCAAUACCUCUGUGUUGUCGAAGUAUACGAUUCUGAAUCCAACUGUUGGCGGAAACUCGCUCCUUUAAGCACGGGGCGAGCGGGCGCGGCCGUGGUUGCCGUGCCGCCGCCCAAAAACGUCUUCUGAUACAACUCGACACAACGCCCGGUCGACACAGCUAAGUUCAUCCCAGUACUCUCUAUGUCCGACCCGGAGGACGAAGACGAUGACUACUAAAAACGUCCAAAAUGAAACUCUAAAAUUGUACUGACUUAAACAAAUAAAAUUAAUUCGUUAAUAAAAUGUGAUAAGACGUAAAUUGGAGACUCUAACUUCAGGCAUAGUAAUCCACGAUUCAGAUUUUUGAUGCUACAUCUAUUUUUCGCAAUUGACUUUCCAUUUCUGGGAUUGUGUAAGUAACAAUUUUAUUCCUUAUUCUUUUCUAGCUUUUCUUUUAUCACCCUAAACUUUAAUAAAUUAUUACGGUGCGUAACGCUUUGAAAAAAAAAAUUACUAUGUUGCUGAUUGACUAUGCCAUUCUCCUUCGAGUAGAUCCACAAACUCGUCGACUAAAAACCAAUUUAAAGUUACACAAAAAUUGUCACUCGUUUCGUGAACUUGUGUUGUUCAAUGUAUAGAAAAUAAAAUAAACAGUUUAUUUUGGUUUCUUUUUCGUAAUUCAAGACUGUUAUUAAAUAUUUGAUUCCAUUAUCGAAUUUAAAGGUUAGACUUAUAUGCGUUGUAUUUAAUAGAUUAAUUUUUUAACAUAUUAAUAAAUAUUCAGUGUGAUAAUUAUAGUUUCUAGUUCAUAAUCAUGGUUAUUAUAAUUUGACACUUAAUAAUGGAAAUGUUCUCAUUACUCAUAGAUGCAGCUUCCUUAGUAUACUAUCAAAUAAAUUAAAAGUCAUUUUAUCAUCUUUCUGAUCAUUUGACAUUAAAUCUUAAUUGGUGAUCUCAGUACUAAGAAUGCGAAAUAAAGGAUUAACGGUGAGUUCCACCAUUUAGCUAUAGUGACAAUCACACCAUUUUAAGUUGUCAAAUCACAGAUUUGACCAACGGGUUGCCAAGUACAUGGCUGGUGAUGGUUUAGUUAUAGUUAGAUGGUGUAACUUAUUCUUAGUUUUAGUUAAUAUCUAUUACAUAUAGGAGACUGCUAGUAAACUAUAAGUUAUCUCAUAUAUUUUUUUAUGUAUACCCUUCAAAAACUUUAUAAUGAGCAAAUAAUGAAAUUGUAUAUCUGUGUGUAAACUGCCUUGGAGUUUUCUAAAAUGUGCAUGUUCAAACAUAUUUUUACUGUAAAUGACAAUUCAAAAAUCUCUUUCACAAUAUAAGCAUAUUAUGAUGUUGAUGUUUCAUGAAGUAAAAUAAGGUAAAUCUACAAUUUUAGCAUGGCCAUACUUUAUGAUUAAUCCGAAUAUCUACUUAUUUUUUUAUGGACUCCCAUAUUGGUGCAUCUUUUUAAGCUUUUUCAGCACCUGCUAUAUACUUGUAAUUUUUAACACUGUUAUAUUCUGUUUUCUCUACUUAUAUUAUGUUUUUAUACAAACCGCUGUGAAAUUAAAUGAAUUAUUUAAUUUAUAGGGUCUUAGCUGCAAUUUAUAUAAAAUAUUUUGGUCUGAGCACAGCUCGAAUAAUAACAUUAAAAAAAAUGGUGGUAUUAUUGUAAGGCACAGUACUUGAAUCCUCUGUAUUAGUGUUGUGUCAUUUGUUUAGUACUUAAUAAAUAAAAAAUACCCUAAAUGGUGAACGCAUACCUAUCAGACUCGAGUGCGGCGAAGGAAUUGAAUUUUAGAAUAGUUUAUAAUAAUAUGAUAUCGUAUGACCACUCUUGUAAGUGGCGAAUCGGUGGAAGCGGCCGAAUCUGGCAGAAUCAUAAUGUGUAAUCUUAAUGACAUUUGAUAGAUUUCGAUUCCUUCACCUGAGUCGGUUCUGACAGAUGCGCGCGUGCACAUUAGAUUUAUAUGAGAAAUAUGGAUAAACAUGGGCCACUGUCCCAUCUCAACGUUUUUAUUAUAUAAUAAACAAUAAAAUAGCAGGCAUCUGCACUCAAGGGUAGUUAAGUAGUUUAUACUCUUAUUAAUUCUGUAAUUUUAAAAUGCUGUAAAACUAGCUGUUUUUCCGCGGUUUCACAGAAACUUCUUCCCGUACCGGAAAAAAAUAUAGCCCAUGUUUCUCGGGGAUAGUCUAGCUUUCCAAUAGUAAAAUAUUUUUUCAAAUCGGUUAAGUGCUAAAUAUUGUAUAGUGAAUUAUUAAACACUGUGUACUCCAUAAAUAUUUUGAUGAAACAGUA